UCAGCGGAGGCGGCUGGACGCGCUCGCUCGAACGGACCAAUCAGGAGGCUUUGUGGCAGGAAUUUAAAGGUCUGUGCGGCUCCCAUUGACCAGCACAAGCUUUACGGCACGACACGGAUUAAAACACCAAAAAAACUCAACUUUUAAACUGCUGCUAAACUCCCCUGACAACAUGUCCGAGAACGGAGUCCGUCUGAACAAGUUCAAGAACAAAGGCAAAGACGCCAACGAGCUUCGACGCAGGAGGGUGGAGGUGAACGUGGAGCUCAGGAAGGCGAAGAAAGAUGAUCAGAUCUUCAAGAGGAGAAAUGUGUCAGCGUGUCCUGAUGAGGCCACUUCUCCUCUGCAGGAGAGGACCCAGAACUGUCAGGCUGCCCGACAGUGGACUGUCGAGGAGAUCCUUGCAGGAGUGAACAGCGGUAACGCAGAGUCCCAGCUCCAGGCCACGCAGGCUGCACGGAAGCUGCUUUCCCGUGACAAGUGUCCUCCCAUUGAUCAGAUGAUCAGCGUCGGUCUGAUCCCGAAGUUCGUCGCCUUCCUGGGGCUGAUCGACUGUCCUCCAAUCCAGUUCGAGGCCUCCUGGGCUCUGACCAACAUCGCCUCCGGGACCACUGACCAGACGGCCGCUGUGGUCGAGGGCGGGGCCAUUCCCGCCUUCAUCGCCCUGGUCACAUCCCCGCACCAGCACAUCAGCGAGCAAGCCGUCUGGGCUCUUGGAAACAUUGCCGGCGAUGGAUCGGCUCUUAGAGACCGGGUCAUCAAGCACGGAGCCGUGGCCCCUCUGCUCAGUCUGCUGGCGGUGCCUGACCUCUCUGUAUUUAAUGCCGGCUACCUGAGGAACGUCACAUGGACGCUGUCGAACCUCUGCCGCAACAAGAACCCGUCCCCUCCCAUGGCUGCGAUCCAGCAGAUCAUACCCGCCCUCAUCCGCCUGCUCCACUGCGAUGACCGGGAGGUGCUGGCUGACGCCUGUUGGGCCGUUUCAUACCUGACGGACGGCUCUAACGAUCGCAUCGAGGUGGUGGUCCAAGCUGGCCUGAUCACACGCCUGGUGAAGCUGCUCGGCUUCGACGAGCUGCCCGUAGUCACCCCCGCCCUGCGUGCCAUCGGCAACAUCGUGACCGGCACAGACGAGCAGACUCAGGCGGUGCUGGACGCCGGAGCCCUGAACAUGUUCCACAAGCUGCUGCGCCACAAAAAGGCCAACAUCCAGAAGGAGGCGGCCUGGACUCUGUCCAACAUCACAGCAGGGAAGGACGGCCAAAUCCAGGAGGUCAUCAACGCAGGCCUCGUUCCGUACAUGGUUGACAUGCUCCUGCGGGGUGACUACAAAACUCAGAAAGAGGCUGUCUGGGCCGUCACAAACUUCACCAGCGGGGGCACAAUCCAGCAGGUGGUCUACCUCGUUCAAGCCAACGUGAUCGAGCCUCUCCUGGGCCUCCUCUCCUCCAAGGACAGCAAGACCGUCCUCGUCAUCUUGGACGCCAUCACAAACAUCUUUUUGGCCGGGGAUAAGAUCGGCGAGUCGGACAAGCUGAGUCUCAUGGUUGAAGAGUGCGGCGGACUGGACAAGAUCGAGGCUCUGCAGUCUCACGAGAACGAGAUGGUCUACAAGGCGGCCCUCAACCUGAUAGAGAAAUACUUCUCCGAAGAGGAGGUGGAGGUGCAGGGUGUGGCCCCAGAAGUGACCAGCGACGGCUACGCGUUCCAGAUCAGUGAAAACCAGAGCACUUUCAAUUUCUAGAUAACUUUUCUAUUCCCUCUACUCUACUGUACCCUCAAGCUACCGUUUGUCCUUUUGUUCGUGUUACUGUGGAGUUUGUUCUUUUGUACGUACUGUACAUACUGUUUUAGCAUGACAAAACAUGUUGUAAAUAAAGUCGUAAUAUGUC